AUGACCCCGAAUAACAACGACAACGACAAUGACGGUCCCAUGGUAGAUAUCAUCAUCUCGGGCAUCGGCGGCAAACUGCUCUUCGACGGCCCACUGAAGCUCGACCCCACGCUCGACAACCAGACUAUCUGCCAGGAUGCGGUGCGCACGAUUCUAACUGCUGCGCGGGAAGUCGCCGCUUCUUCUUCAUCGUCAGAAGCUAGCAGUAGCAGUGGCGCUGGUAAUGAUGGGAAUAAACCAACGCUGAUCGUCCUUAAUACAACGGGUAUCAGCGACAAGCGAGACUUACCCUUCGCGAUGAUGCCGCUGUAUUACUGGAUGCUGAAAGUCCCGCACGAGGAUAAGAAGGUCAUGGAAGCGUUGAUUAGGGAUGAGAUGGCUAAGCCAAUUGAGGGGCGUGGGGUUGGUGGGUAUGCCAUUGUGAGGCCGAGUUUGUUGACUGAGGGUGAGGGAGAUGGGUUGGAGAAGGUUAGGGUUGGGGGGGAGGAGGAUCCGGCUGUUGGGUAUGUGAUUGCGAGGGAGGAUGUGGGAGCAGCAUUCUUCUUGUUGUCUCAGGAGAACGUCCGAAGGAGUCCAUAG